UGGUGGUUGAAGGGCAAUGACCAAUAGCAGCCUUGCUAAAUGCGGGACGCAAGCGGCGGAGCGCGGGGCAGGGAGAGGUUGAGCCGCUAUUGACAACGACAACAGUCUGCACCUUGCACUUGCCAAAAUUUCGGACCUUCAUUGUUAAAUUAACAACCUAGUUCUUAAAUUAGUGAUGAAUCUCAUAUUGAUAGUUCUAUCAGUGGUGGCUUUAACUAAAUGUGAUGAGGGUGAGUGGCGGAAAGUACAUAUUGCACAAGGAGAUUUGCUCGGACGCAAGGACCCGGCCUUUGGACUGUACGCCUUUUAUAAUAUUCCGUACGCCAGCGUGCCAUCUGGACCGGACCGGUUUAAGGCUCCGCUCCCGGAACCAGUAUGGGUGCAACCAUUAGAAGCAGUCGAUAAAGGUGUCAUUUGUAUGCAGGCUCCUACAAAAUUCAUAGACAUAAAGUCUAAAACAGUGCAGGAAGAUUGUCUCAUUGCGAAUAUAUUCGUCCCGGACACUGAUGAGAAACGUUUACCUGUAAUAGUAAACAUACAUGGAGGAGGAUUUGAAAUUGGUUAUGGGGCCAUGGUGUCACCUAAGUACUUAGUACAAACUAAAAAAGUAAUUUUAGUCAACUUUAAUUACCGACUUGGAGUACACGGGUUCCUGUGUCUGGGCACGAACGAUGUUCCCGGCAACGCUGGAUUGAAGGACCAAGUGGCACUGCUUCGCUGGGUGAAGAAGAAUAUCGCUAGCUUUGGAGGCAAUCCUGAUGACGUCACACUGACAGGCGGCAGUGCAGGGUCAAUAUCAACUCAUUUGUUGAUGUUGUCAAAGACAGCAGAAGGACUUUUCAAUAAAGUAAUCCCGGAAAGUGGAGCUGCCGUGUCCUCUCUUUCGGUUCAGUUAGAUCCACAUGAAGAUGCUAAGAUUUACGCUCAAAUGUUAAACUUUACUAAUGUCGAAGAUUUUAAUGCAUUAGAAGAAUUUUAUAAAAAUACUCCACUAGAGUCAUUGCUCAUUAGUACACUUACCUUAAGAACAGACUCUGUUUUGUUACACGCGCCGUGUAUUGAAAGCCAAACUAGUGAAGAAAGAGUUUUAGAUGAUUCACCGUACAAUAUAAUCAAAAGUGGUAAUUACAGAAAAGUUCCUAUAUUAAUUGGGACCAGCAAUAUGGAAGGAUUAGUUCAAAUACACAAUUUGGAAACCUGGAAAGUUGCUAUGAAUGAAAAGUUUUCAGAUUUUCUGCCCGGUGAUUUGCAAUUUGCCAAUAAGGAGGAAAAGGAAGAAAUAGCUAAGAAAGUUAAAGAAUUCUAUUUUGGUGACCAGCAGGUCGGUGAAGACACAAUAUUAACUUAUGUUGAAUACCUCGGCGACAUUAUGUUCAAUUUUCCUACUUUAAGAUCAGUCAAGCUACACGUAGAAUCUGGCCAUGAUCAAUUAUAUUUAUAUCAAUACUCUUUUGUGGAUGAGAGUACUCCGUUUGUACCUUUCACGAAGGUGCGUGGUGCUGGUCAUUGUGCUCAAACGGGUGCCGUACUCGACGGAGUUCCUUUUGUAACCAAUGACGAAAGCAAUUUGACGGUGGAAUACAAACAAAUGAAAUCCACUAUCAGGGAUAUGUGGUACAACUUCGUUGUACAUGGAACGCCUGUGUUGCAUGGAUCAUCCUUGCCCGCUUGGCCGGCAGUAGGUGCAGAUGGCAGUCCACAUAUGUCUCUAAAACAACCAGUCCAGCUGGGUGGAGCAUUCAUGGAGAAGAGGGCAAAAUUUUGGUUUGAUAUCUACGAAAGAUAUUAUCUGCAACCGGUGCCGCCACCUCAGCCUCCACUAGACCACUUAGAGCUGUGAUCAUAAUAUUAAGACGUAGCUUUGAAGAAUAUGCUUAAAUAAAAUGUGUUAAAACUUC